AUGUCAAAAGGAAAAGUUUUACUUAGUUACUCAGGUGGUUUGGAUACAUCCGUCAUUGCAGCUUGGUUGAUCGAGCAAGAUUACGAAGUUAUUGCGUUCUUAGCCAACAUUGGUCAAGAAGAAGACUUCGAAAAGGCUGAAAAGAAGGCACUUGCGAUUGGAUGCUCAAAAUUCAUUUUGGCAGAUGUUCGUAAAGAGUUUGUUGAAAAAGUGUGCUACCCAGCCAUUCAAACAAAUGCCAUCUACGAAAAUACCUACCUUUUGGGUACUUCCUUGGCCAGACCAGUCAUUGCACAAGCACUUAUGAAAGUUGCCGAGGAGAAUGGCUGUUUUGCUGUGAGUCACGGUUGUACCGGUAAAGGUAAUGACCAAGUCAGAUUCGAAUUGAGUUUCUACGCCUUAAAGCCAGACGUUGUUGUUAUUGCCCCAUGGAGAGACCCUAAAUUUUUCAACAGAUUUGCCGGAAGAAAAGAUCUUUUGGACUAUGCAGCUUCCAAAAACAUUCCAGUGGAACAAACCAAGGCCAAGCCAUGGUCCACUGACGAAAACUUGGCACACAUUUCGUUUGAGGCAGGUAUCUUGGAAGACCCAAACACCACCCCACCAAAGGAUAUGUGGAAAUUGACUGUUGACCCAACCGAUGCUCCAGACAAGCCAGAGUCUUUCUCUGUUGUGUUUGAAAAAGGUUUACCAGUCAAAUUGAUUUUGGAUGACCAGAAAAAGACAAUCACCGACCCUGUCGAGUUAUUUACCGAGGCAAAUGCCUUGGCUAGAAGAAACGGUGUUGGUAGAAUCGACAUUGUUGAAAACAGAUUUAUCGGUAUCAAAUCUAGAGGAUGUUACGAAACUCCAGGUUUGACCAUCUUGAGACUUGCACACAUUGACUUGGAAGGUUUGACUUUGGACCGUGAAGUUAGAGCCAUUAGAGACCAAUUUGUUACUCCAACAUGGGCCAAGAUCUUGUACAAUGGUAUGUACUUUACUCCAGAAGGUGAAUACGUUAGAUCAAUGAUCCAACCAUCACAAAACACCGUUAACGGUACCGUCAGAGCUGCUUGUUACAAAGGAUCGGUGACAAUUUUGGGAAGAUCUUCCGAAACCGAAAAAUUGUACGACGAAACAGAAUCUUCUAUGGAUGAAUUGACUGGAUUCUCACCAGAAGAUACCUCGGGAUUCAUUGCAGUGCAAGCCAUUAGAAUUAAAAAGUAUGGUGAAGCUGCUAGAGAAAAAGGUAAGCCAUUGGAACUUUAA